AUGAAAGGCAACGCAAUACACCUCCCGCACCUGAACGAACAGAAUAUUCAGUAUGUAAAAACCGCAAGUGCUGUUCUCAUUGUAACUGGUACAAUAUUCCUGGCCUUGCAGAUUUGGGAUUCCAAUGUCUCAGACAGAGUGUACCUCAGGAAGGCACUGUUUAAUGAAGACAGAAGGUCCUGUCAACCCAAGAGAAACAUCUUUUUCUUGAAGACCCACAAGACAGCCAGCAGCACCAUCAUGAACAUCCUCUUCCGCUACGGUGAAUUCCACAACUUGACCUUCGCCUUUCCUGUAUACAAUACAUUAUAUUCUUACCCCAACUUAUUUUCAGCUUCUUUUGUGAAUGGUUUUUCUGGAAGAGGAAAUAAUACUUUCAACAUCAUGUGCCAUCACAUGCGCUUCAGGUUCGCAGAGGUUCAAAAAGUGAUGCCAAAUGACACUUUUUAUUUCACUGUCCUGCGGAACCCAAUCUCUCUGAUGGAAUCAUCUUUUACUUACUUGAGGCGAGAUGGGCCAUUUGCAAAGGCUAAGAACCUGGAAGACUUUCUUCAUAAUACCUCUACAUAUUAUGAUGCAAAAAUGAAGGACAGCCAUUUUUCUAAGAACUUCAUGACUUUUGAUUUUGGAUUUGAUCCCAAUGGACUUGACACCAUUAAAAAUGUAAAGUUAAUACAGAGGGAAGUAGACAUAAUCUUUGACUUGGUGCUGAUCACAGAAUACUUUGAUGAGUCUCUUAUUCUUUUGAAGGAUGCUCUCUGUUGGUCAUUUGAUGAUAUCCUGUCCAUUCCACUAAAUAGGAGAAGUAACACCACCAAGAAAGCCCUCUCUUUGGAAACACAAGAGAAGGUGAAACGAUGGAACAGUCUUGACUGGCAAUUGUAUGUCUAUUUCAACAAUUCCUUCUGGAAACGUGUAGAGGAGUUUGGAAGGAAGCGAAUGCAACGUGAGGUAAAGAUACUACAAAGGAAAAGGUUAGAGAUUGAAAAAACAUGUCUGCAGGAUGAGGUUGCCCCAAACCACUUAAAAGACAAGUCAAUGGUGCCGUUUCAGUCUGGAAUAGCCACGAUUCUUGGAUACAACCUGAAAUCAGGAAUUACAGCAGCAAACAAGCUCCUGUGCCAAAGACUUGUCACACCGGAGCUCCAGUAUAGUGGUCUGUUACUUGGCAACCAAAAAAGAAACCAACAAACAAAAUGA